AUGAUCCACCAUCUCAUGAUCGGCACCUGGACGCCGCCAGGAAGAAUCUACACUGUCGCCUUCGAUGAUCAAGAACUGACGUUGAAAUUGGUCAAGAAGACCAUGAUCCCUGAGGACGAGCCUAUUUCAUGGAUGACCUUUGAUCAUGCGAAGAAGAAUAUCUAUGGCGCCGCUAUGAAGAAGUGGUCGAGCUUCUCUGUGCGCAGUCCUACGGAAAUCGUGCAUGAAGCAUCGCAUCAAAUGGGUGGAGAUCCAAUGGCCAACUCCGCCGACACAAACACACGCGCCAUCUUCGUCCUCGCAGGCCACAAACCACCCUACAACGUCUACGGUAACCCAUUCUAUAAACACGCGGGCUUCGGCAAUGUCUUUUCCGUCACCGAGACCGGCAAAAUAGACAAGAACGUACAAAACUUCGAGAUAGAUCCUCACUCCGGCAUUCACGGCAUGGUAUUCGACCCAACAGAAACAUACUUGUACUCUGCAGACAUGGGCGCAAAUAAAAUCUGGACUCACAAAAAGGACCCGGAAACUGGUCUCCUCACACUAGUCGACAGCAUCGAUGCGCCUGCACCAGGCGACCAUCCCCGCUGGGUCGCCAUCCACCCUAGCGGCCACUAUCUAUACGCCCUGAUGGAAGCGGGCAACAGAUUAGCCGUCUACGUAAUUGACGAAAAAAGGCACGUCCCCGUCUUCACUCGCAUGAUAUACCCCUUGAUUCCACCGGGUCUCCCACCCCGCAACAAAUACAGAUCCGACGUUGUCUUUACUACUAAGAGUGGGAAAUACCUCUUCGCAACCGCGAGAUCAAAUCACAACGAUGUACACGGUUAUAUCAGCGCGUUCCGACUCGGGCCCGAGGGAAAUAUUGAGAAGCAAUUGUUCAUCAACCCGACGUCGACGAGUGGAGGACAUUCAAACGCGGUUAGUCCAUGCGACUGGAGCGAUGAGUGGAUUGCGUUGUGCGACGAUCAGGAUGGGUUUGUGGAGAUUUAUCGCUUCAAAGAUGAGUUGUUGGCGCGUGUUGCGAGAUGUGAUAUCCCGGAGAAGGGAUUCGCAAUGCUUGGAGCGCUUUUAGGAUCGUGGUUCACCUCUGGCCAGCCGCGUUACAUAUCUGAAGAAGACACACAGACGAUAGCAUUCAUUUCCGACAUUGGUGCGCAACACCUCAAGCCCGUAUUCAUCGCAUGCACAUCCAUAGCAAUGAUUACAUACAUCCCCAGUCUCAUCUUCUACUUCUACCACAUGAGUCCCGCGAGAAGGCCCCUAUCAUCAAGCUCCGAGUCCAUCAUUCGCGUCAACUCUCUACCAUCAAUAUACUCUACCCCACCGCCAUCAUCACUUGCAUCACGACACCACCUCCACCAAGAGCCAAAAUGGCACCAAUCCCCAGUCUUCCAAAUGAGCAUCCCGGUGCUCAGCAUCCUCUUCUCUGUCAUCGGAGCCACAAACCUCAUCCUCUUGACUAUCUUCGACACAGCCCGCUACACCUCCGCGCACCAAAUCCUCCUCCCCACAAGCAUCUCCGCACACCUUCUCGGCUGUCUAAUCCUCUGCAUCUGGACGACUUUCUGUCUCCAUCAGUACCGGUCCCAACAACACAACCACAAAUACAGCUAUGGCGGCGGCGGCGGAAUCUACUCUGGCGACAAGUUCACACUGGAAUUAUACACGCCCCCAAUCCCCAUCUCGCUGUCCAGCCUCGUCGUCAAGUUUGUCGUCGUGGCAAUCGAGUUCAGCCUUGUGACGCUGUUUGCGGUUAUGACUUGGUGGUUGAAAACAUACGAUGAGGCGGCAGUGAUGGAAUGGGUGGUUGUGUUAAUGUUUGCUGGGUAUAUGUUGUGCUUGAUUGUGGAUUUGUGGGUGUUGGGGAGUUCGGCUGGGUCUGGUAUGGCGAGCGACGACGGGGUAUAA